GCCGCUCUGGGGCGGUGCUGAGCCGGCUCCUCCUCUCCUCCUCGUCCUCCUCGCCUUCCUCCGGCUCAGCAGCCGCGCGCCCAGUCGCACCUCCUUCCAAACCCGGGCACCCGCGGAGAUGUUUAACCGCGCGGUGAGCCGCCUGAGCAGGAAGCGACCGCCGUCCGACAUCCACGACAGUGACGGGAGCUCCAGCAGCGGCCACCAGCACCCCAAGAGCACAGCCAAAUGGGCGGCCUCGCUGGAGAAUCUGCUCGAAGAUCCAGAAGGCGUGAAAAGAUUUCGGGAAUUUUUAAAAAAGGAAUUCAGUGAAGAAAAUGUUUUAUUUUGGUUAGCGUGUGAAGAUUUUAAGAAAAUGCAAGAUAAGAAACAGAUGCAGGAGAAGGCCAAGGAGAUUUACAUGACCUUUCUGUCCAGCAAGGCCUCGUCCCAGGUCAACGUCGAGGGGCAGUCCCGGCUCAGUGAGAAGAUCCUGGAAGAGCCGCACCCCCUGAUGUUCCAGAAACUCCAGGACCAGCACGAUAACAGGUUGGUUUGUGCUCUCAGACGCCAGGCUUCUGGGGGUCUGACAAAGCUGGCAUCCUCCGAUAUGACAGUGGCCUGCCCACCACCACGGUCUCUACGGGAACAGUUUCUGUCCGGCUCUCAGGUUCCUGGAGAAACCCAGCCCCUGGUCAUCUCUCCAAACACAGUGGAGAUGCGCCAAGGACCUCUUGAUACAAGCCUGUGAAUCAGUACCGUGUGAAUCCGUACUUCCCAUGGAAAAUAAAGAGAGAUUUGUUCAUGCGCCUCCCCAGACUGUUCUAUUCCACACAGAUUAUUUCAUGAUGACCAGAAACAGCCAGGAAAUCCGCCUGGUCUAGCACAUGACUGACUUUAGCUGUCUCUGAGUGUCUUGCUUGUAUUUGCAUUCUUUGGCACGUGAGAGGUGUUGAGUAAAUAUUUGAUAGAGUGACUCACUGGCCUGGCUAGCU